GAGAUUCCGGUUCCGGGUGUUUCAUUUCCCAGUCGGAGGCUUUCAGACCCUCCGAUUAUGAUAUUUUACCGUGAAACUUCUCUUCACUGACAACCGAACAAAGUACCGUUUCUCUAAUUGAAACAAGUCCCAGCGAAGCCGCGAACAUGACGACCCGCUCGGAGAGAGAGAAGGCCCAGAAACUGAACGAGCAGCACCAGGCCAUCCUGUCCAAAAUGCUGAGGGAGGAAGACAACAAGUACUGCGCCGAUUGCGAGGCGAAAGGUCCAAGAUGGGCAUCCUGGAAUCUGGGAGUUUUCAUCUGCAUUCGGUGUGCAGGGAUCCACAGGAACCUGGGGGUUCACAUAUCCAGAGUCAAAUCAGUCAACCUGGACCAAUGGACCUCCGAACAGAUCCAGAGUAUACAGGACAUGGGUAACACCAAGGCCAGGCGGCUCUAUGAAGCCAACCUUCCAGACAGCUUCAGAAGACCUCAGACAGACCAAGCAGUCGAAUUCUUCAUCAGGGAUAAAUAUGAAAAGAAGAAGUACUAUAACAAGAAUGGGAUCGAUAGGAGCAGUCCAAAGGAUAGUAAGAAAGACAAGGAGCCAGACAGAGGGAACAAGGUGUCCUCUUACACUAAGAGUGAAGAGCCCAGGCCUGCACCCCGGAUCAGUCCUGCAAAAACUGCAGAGCCUCCUGUGAACCUGCUAGGCCUUGACACGCCUGCCGCCGCUGCAUCGGCUAACAAUGGCAGCACAAGCACAAACCAGAACAAUGACCUGGAUAUAUUUGGCCCCAUGGUGUCCAACCCUCUGCCAUCAUCCACAUCUGCAGCUCAGUUUUCUCAGGGGAGCUCCAGUACCUCAGCGAGCACUCCGACACAGGCUCCGGCUGCAGCUGCAGGGGGAGGCGGAGCCAGCUCAGCUUCAGGACAGGCUGACCUGAACCUGUUCAGCGACAGCAGUAGCUCCAAUAAAGCUGAGGACGGAGCUAAGAAGCCACUGUCCAAGGACUCCAUUCUGUCACUCUAUGGAACCAACAGCAUGUCCCAGCAGGCCCCGGCUGCCGGCAUGUUCAUGGGUCCUUCUCAGAUGCAGUUUCCCGUCCAGCCCGCCCAGGGCUAUCAGGGCUUUCCAGGCAUGGCUACAGCUGUACCACCCACCACUGUCAUGGGCGCAAUGAUGGCCCAGAGCGGAGCGACCAUGAUGGGGCCCAAUCCCGCCAUGAUGGUGGGGAUGACGAUGCCAAACGGCUUCAUGGGAAAUGCUCCCACUGCUGGAAUGAUGGGGAUGGCCCCCAGAAUGAUGGGACCGCAGGGUGCUGCGAUGCCUGCAGGCAUGAUGCCCGCUCAGGGCAUGUAUGCUAUCCAGCCGGGACAGCAAGCUCAGUGGAACAUGGGUCAGGUGAACCAGCAGAUGUCAGGGAUGACCCUGAAUGGUGCCGGAGGCCAGAUGGCCUUCGGUCAGCCUCCACAAGCCAUGGGCGGUUGGACAGCCGCCGGAUCUGGUCAGACUCUGAGCACACAGCUAUGGAAGUGAGCCCACAGGGGAGGAGGGGGGUCAGAGGUUGGGCGAAGUAGUUGAGGUUUCAGAAAGUGCAAAAGAUAAUUUGUGCUUUUCUGGACCUUACUAUGAACUGAUACCCCUAUCCAUCAAGGACCAGCCUUCAGAACAUGACAAUUGUCUCUCUCUCUUUUUUUUCUUUCUCCCUUUCUGUCUCUCUUUCUCUCUAUUGUGUGAGUGAAUUGGGAGUAAUACAGGAUUACAGUUUGGCAGUUUCUGCCUCCUAACUUUUAUUUUCCUUUUUUGGAAAAAAAAA